GUGCGGGUGCUGCUGGACAUGGACGGCGUGCUGGCCGACUUCGAGGGCGGCUUCCUGCGCAAGUUCCGCGCGCGCUUCCCCGACCAGCCCUUCGUCGCGCUCGAGCAGCGCCGCGGCUUCUGGGUGUCGGAGCAGUACGGCCGCCUGCGGCCCGAGCUGAGCGAGAAGGCCAUCAGUAUCUGGGAGUCGGAGAAUUUCUUUUUUGAACUCGAGCCCCUGCCGGGGGCCGUGGAAGCUGUGAAGCAGAUGGCCAACUUAGAAAACACUGACGUCUUCAUUUGCACAAGCCCCAUCAAGAUGUACAAGUACUGUCCGUACGAGAAGUACGCCUGGGUGGAGAAGCACCUGGGCCCGGCCUUCCUGGAGCAGGUGGUGCUGACCAGAGACAAGACGCUCGUCUCCGCCGACCUCCUCAUUGACGACCGUCCGGACAUCACAGGGGAGCAGGGCCAGCCCCUCCCAGGCUUUUCCUCGACCCCAUCUGCACCUGCGUGGAGACGAGGGCUCAAAGCUGGAGGGCGCGGGUUGAGCUGCUCCUGCUCACAGCUGGUGCUGAGCCGAACCCCAGCUGGGAGCACGUGCUCUUCACGGCCUGCCACAACCGGCACCUGCAGCUGCGACCCCCCAGCCGUCGGCUGCACUCAUGGGCAGAUGACUGGCAGGGCCUCCUGGCCAGCAAGCGGCCCCGCUGAGCCGCGACGGCCUCGGACCCUCGGGCCAGCCCUGCCUGGCCUUAAACCCACCUCUGGGCAGAGCUGGGCCUCCCGCCACUGGGCACAGGGGUUCAGGCGCUUGGAGCUGAGGGUGGGGUCCCGGUGGUCUUGGGACCCCCCUUCUAGGCCCUGCGGCCCACCCAGUGGGGCGUCCUGGAGGACCUGACCGCGGUGCUCGUGGCUCCGAGGGUGACGGGUUGGCACGGGGCCCCGUCCACCUGCCCCGCCCGGCCUGGUCCCACCGAGCAGCCCUCACGCUUCAGGAGGACACCCCCAGGGCCAGCCGGCUGCUCUCUCAGGGGGUCCCCACACACCGUCCCCAGGACCCCCGGGGCCCAGAGACUAAACAGACUGGAACUGCUGUUGGAUGCAUGAGAAAUAAACACUGUUCACAUGAA